AUGAUAGUACAUGAAGAAGAUAAGGAUUUGAACAUAACUGUAGAAGUACUUAAACAUGAAUUACCCAAUCAGUUACCCUUAGGUGACAAUAUUACCAUUAUUUGUAAAACCAAGUGGAUGUCAAGUGAAAUGAUGUGGACUUUCAAUGAUACAAAUGUAUCAGAGCUACCAGGAUUUAAAUUGGAAAUGGAAAGUGAAAAUAUUAAUAAAGAAUCUGGUAAUAAGUUCGAGGUCUCUAUUUUACAUAUAAUUAGUAUUGACUUUAACCAUGUUGGUAAUUAUAAAUGUCAUGCUAUGAUAAGAAAUGAGACCACUCCUGAAAUAGACUUUCGCCAGAUUUUCUUAAAUGUCACCCUACCUAGCAAAAUAGUACAAAUUUCAAAACCUACUUACACAAAAAUACAUGAAACUGUGGAGCUUUUCAGUGUUGUUCAAGGUUAUCCAAUUGAAGAGAUCAGAUGGUUAAAAGAUAAUGAACUUUUAACAGAUUUUACCUGGGAUGUUAAAGAUAUCAAUAUAACACACAAAAACACAUCUCUUAAGUUUGAGGUCUCAAAAAAGGAUAACGGAACAUAUACCUGUGUAGUAAUAACACCAACUUCCCAAGCCAAAAAUUUUACAGAUGUUCUAGUUCUUGACAAACCACAGGUUACAUUAGACUUCAUCAAACCAAUUGGGAUUAAUAAAAUUUACUUUAACUGGACUGUUAAUGAUGGCAAUAGCCCAGAUGAUCUAAAAUAUAUAAUACAAUACAAAUCUGAAGAAGACAAGGAAUGGGUGUACUAUCAAGCUAAUGUGAAUGCGACUAGUACUUCUUUAGUAGUCACUGUAAGAAAUAAUUCAGGAACCCCAACCAAAAAUUCAUCAUACACAGUAAGAAUUAUGGCCAAAAAUUCUCAAGGUGAAAGUAUGUACUCUACCAGUAGUUUAGUAAAACUUCUUGAUGAGGAACCAAUAGUAGUUCCAGAAGUAACUGUUACUGGAGUAACUUCUAGCUCAAUCACAAUAAAAUGGACACCACCACCAGAAAAGUUCAAAGAUCACAUCCACUACUACCAACUUAUCUUAAAAUCAUAUAAUACACCUGAAAAAUUUGAAGCUGUUCAACCUGCUAUAAAAGAUUACCUUUACAUGUUCUCAGAUCUAACCUCUGCAACCACUUAUAAUUUUCAAGUUGCAGCAUGCAAUGACUACAGCAAAGAGUGUGGACCAUUGUCAGAAGUAGUAAAUGGUACCACUAUGGAUGGCAUUGCAGGCCCUCCAUCUCAUCCCUCUGUAGAAUGUAGAUUUGAUAAUAUAAGUCAUACAAACUUUGUUUUUGUCUCUUGGCAACCUCCUGCUGAGCCGCAUGGAACUAUCACAUCAUACAGUGUGACCUUGGAAGGUUCAGCAGUGUUUUUAAAUGACCAGGGCCAAUUAGAAAACAUCACUUGGGGUCCAAAAUCUACUAGUAUAGGUGAAAUGACCUUAAACACUAGGUUUUAUAAUGUAUCUGCAAACACUAAUUAUACCGUUAGAAUAUCAGGAGUGACUCGUCUGAGAAAAAACGGACAACUGGUUACACUCAAUUGUACAAUGCCUCCCACAUUGCCUGAUAAGCAAAAACUUGCUAGACUGCAUUGGAAGAAGAUGGAGGAACAAGGGAAGUGGAUGUUUAAAUUGUUUGUACCUAGGGUAUCCGAAAGAAAUGGACCUAUAUGUUGUUAUAGAAUUUAUUUGGUUCGAAUGGAAUCUCAACAAAAAUUAUCCGACUUAGCAAAUCCUGAAGAUUUGACAAUAAUGACUUAUCAAGAAGCUCACCGUACGCCUAGGGGAGGUGCAUAUGUGGCAGAAAUGUUUACAAGCUUCCACAAUGAAAUAUUUUUGGGAGAUGAGCAAGUUUACAACAUCUCAAGCUCUCAAUGUGAUGAAUGUAUAGGCUUAAGACCAUUCAAUACACCCAGAGAAGAAAAAAUUAAAAAUUCAACUAAUCUAGCUAACAGAGUAAGGAGAAAUGAAGUACUGCUUGAUCCAUUUCCACCAUGUGAUGGCACACUUGAUAUAAAUAGUAACUACACAGGAUUUAUUGAAAUUAUAGUACAUGGAGAAUCCCAGCCUCUAUUCUUGGCAGCAUAUAGCAACUAUUUAGACAUGAUGAACCCAGGACCAGAAGUGGUUGCAGCCCCAACUACAGGAACAUUAAGUCUAAUUGUCCAGAUUUUAUGUGCAUUGGUUGUGGUUAUACUUAUCCUUUUGGGCGCAUUGUGUAUCUUACAUCGUUAUACUAAACAAGCACAUGCUCAAGCUGUUGAGAUGAUCACAUUCAGAACUUCGUUAAGGAGCCUUAGGGGUCGCCAGAGGUUGGUUUCGCUUAAUCCACCAGAUAUGUGUCCAAUCAGUAAAGCAGACUUGGUUUCGGCCUACAUCGAGCAUCAUCGAGAUUCAGAUUAUGGAUUUCAACAAGAGUUUGAGUUACUACCUGAUAGAUUUUCUGACAGAACUACUAGAGCCUCUGACGCGCGGGAAAAUGUAUAUAAAAACAGAUAUCCUGAUAUAAAAUCAUAUGAUCAAACCAGGGUAAAGCUGUCACAGGUGGAUAGUAUUGCUGGAUCUGACUACAUAAAUGCCAAUUAUGUUAUGGGAUAUAAAGAAAGAAAGAAAUUCAUUUGUGCACAAGGGCCUAUGGAUACUACUGUUAAUGAAUUCUGGAGAAUGAUUUGGGAACAACAUCUUGAACUGAUUCUUAUGCUCACCAAUCUAGAAGAAUACAGCAAAACUAAAUGUAGCAAGUACUGGCCUGAUAAGACAGAUGGAGACAAGAUUUUUGGGGAUAUUACUGUUACUCAUUUACAAGAAACGAGAUAUUCCGAUUACAUAGUUAGAGAACUAAAAAUACUUAGAUCAAGCAAUGGGAAAGAACUUGAAGAAAGAAAUAUUACUCAGUACCAUUACUUGGUUUGGAAAGAUUUUAUGGCUCCUGAACAUCCCAAUGGCAUUAUCAAAUUCAUUAAAAGGGUUAAUGAGGCUUAUUCUGUUGAAAAGGGUAGUAUUUUAGUCCAUUGUAGUGCUGGUGUUGGCAGAACUGGUACGUUAGUCGCUCUAGAUUGUUUACUUCAUCAAUUAAAGGAAGAGGGGCAUGUUUCUAUUUUUAAUACGAUAUGUGAUUUAAGGCAUCAGAGGAACUUCCUAGUCCAAUCUUUAAAACAAUAUAUUUUUAUUUACCGUGCUCUAAUGGAAGUUGCUCAAUAUGGUGAUACAGAAAUAAAUGCCAAUGAAUUGAAAAAUACAUUGGAUAAAUUAAGACAAUGUGAUAAUGGCAAAACCAAAUGCAGACUAGAAGAAGAGUUUGAAAAUAUUAUUCAUGCUUUUGAAGACAGAAAGUCUUGUUCGGUAGCUAGCGGAGAAGAAAACCGAGAGAAAAAUCGAUGCGAUAGAUACGAUAAUAGUGAAUCGUUUAUUAUCACACAAGAUCCCCUCGAAGGAACAAUCAACGAUUUUUGGCGAAUGGUUUCUGAACAAGGAAUUAGCGUUAUAGUUAUGAUUUCAGAGGUUGGCGAAGGGAAAUGUCCCAGAUACUGGCCUGAAGAAGAAGCUCAUUACGACCAUAUACAUGUCAGAUAUGUUCAAGCGGAAAGUUGCCCGUAUUAUACGAGACGAGAAAUGAUAAUAAAGAGUAGAGAUGGGGAGGACCAAAAAGUAACGCAUUUACAAUAUCAUGGAUGGCCCACUGUAGAUGGAGAGGCACAGUACGAAUUUCUUCAUCGAGCAAUUGUAAAUUACGCAGAACUCCACGGACUUUGUGAAAUAUAA